AUGAAGCGGAUUAGUUUACUGCUGCUGAAUUCUCAUAGCAAAGAUGGUAAUCGCAAGAAGCAUGGCGUCUCGUUGCCUAGCUUUCCCUCGGACACUCUGCCGAAAGUCUAUCACGAGGCGGUCCGCGGCUCCAUCCCGUCGGGCCAAGUGGAUCAACGUCGUAGUGCGGCUGCUGGCUUAGGUGAGCCCUAUACUUCGCCAUCUUCGGCCGUGCUGGGGCUUGGUGGGGCGGUGUUGUACUCGGAGUGGAGCAACCCACGGGAGGUCACUAGCCACGUUGGCGAGCUGGGCGUGAUGAGCCAGCGAGCUGCCCAGUUGCGCGAAAAGGAGCAACGGCUGGGGGAUGCGGGUGCAGACGGGGAAAGGGAAGUGGUGUAUGAUGGCCACCCCAUCGCAGACGUAAACGAAGGCACGCAUAGUCAUGGAGAGCAUCAUGACCACAGUGCUCGCCACACGCGCCAUAUUCGGGAAUCGAGGACAGCUGUCUCUUCGACGGACAGUUUCCCCAGCGCACACGGUUCAACUUUCGCAUCGUCUGACGAGAUGCCCUUGGUUCAGAAACCGGAUAUAAUUACCUCGCUGGAGCAGUUUCGAGCCCUCAAGCAGCAGUCUCGUCGCAAGGUGUCGCGAAGCGGGAGCGGUGCUGCAACAGGUGGAGCCGACGUUGCCGCAGGAGUCUCUCAAGCUACAGGUGCGAGGAAGGCGGGACCUCGAUAUAGUGGAGUGCAGCUGCAAAUACUGAACUUGUAUCGGCGCAUGCUGAAGGAGGUGUUUCGCAUGCGUGACGCUGAAACGCGAUUUAACUUACAGAAGUACAUUCGCAGCGAGUUUGACCAAAACGUGAAUGUGCCGAGAAAGCACGUUGCGAAGAUCGAGUGGUGUAUCAAUACCGGGAGGCGUAAGCUGGAGGAGUUGCAGCUUAUGAAUCCUAAUACGAAAUUUUGCAUAAAACGAUAG